AUGCAUAUUGGUGCAGAGCUCUUCAGAAUGCAGAGCUACAAAGAGGAUGUCACCCUGGAUGCUGACACAGCUCAUCCCAGACUGCAAAUCUCUGAUGCAGGGAAGAGUGUGAGAGACACUGGGACCAUCAGAGCUGUUCCCAGGAGUGAGCUGAGAUUUGACUCCCAACUGUUUGUGCUGGCCAAGGAAGGAUACACAUCUGGCAGACACUACUGGCAAGUGCAUGUUGGCAAGAGGAAAAACUGGACCUUGGGUGUUGCCCGGGAGUCUGUGACUCGCACAGGGACAUUGACUGUGUCCCCUGAGAAUGGCUUCUGGACCAUAGGGCUUGUGGCUGGGAGAGACUGCUGGGCCUACGCGGAGCGCUGGUGCUGUCUGAGUGUGAGUGGGAAGCUGCAGAAGGUUGGGGUCUUCCUGGACAUCUCAGCCAAGCAGCUGUCGUUUUACAACGUCCACAAGGGGGCAGCUCUGUACACUUUCAGCAUUGCUGGGGGCAGCAGGCAGGCAGAGAGGUUUUUUCCUUUCUUCUCAACAGGUUCUGCAGGUGAAAAGCCUGAGGAUGAGCCUCUGAGGAUAGUGGAGGGGUUUGAUGAUGAUGAAUAAUUUGCUCUGCCUUGCACAGCUCUAUAAUGGACAG